CAGUUUCUUGGAAUUUGAGAUCUGCUAGUCGAAGACGAUCCUAUCCUCACAUUUAGUUUGUCGUGAGAUUCAGAGCUAACCAGGCGCAAAAAGCUUCGCAAGUAACAAAUCGUGUUCAAGCCUUAUUACAAAUACUGUUCUAUUCAAAAUGGGGUGGCGUGGCAUCCCAUUUAUAUCAAUUUUGUUGAUAGUAACAACACCGGCACUUUCAUGGCGACAGUACCGCAUACGUCGCAGUAUCGAUCUUUCCGCUACCAAUCCGCUCAUACCAGACAAUAAACUAUUAGCAGAUCUGGUUCCAGUUCAAUACACGUUGCAGUUAGAGAUCGAUCCCAAUCAAUCAGCCUUCCAUGGCAACGUCAAUAUAACAAUGACUUGCGUUAAACAGACAAAUCAAAUUAAUCUCCAUGCACACCAUGAUCUGCACAUCGACGAAGAGAACAUUGAGAUCAUUGAGCACAGUGCCGGCGAGAACGAAAAAGCGAAACAGCUGAAAAUUCGUCGCAUCGAUAGGGUACCGAAAAAGCCACUUCUAGUUAUCUAUUUCCACGAUGACAUCACUGUUGGCGCUACAUACGAGGCUCGUAUCAGCUUUAAAGGCAUGAUUUGGGAGAACACAGAAGGACUGUUCCAAGGGAAAUACAAAAGCUACGAUGGAGAUCAGCAGCAGGACCACUCAUAUUUCGCCUCGUACUUUCGGCCAAAUCACGCCCGUCGUGUUUUCCCGUGCUUCGAUGAGCCAUCCUACAAAGUGCCUUUCCAAGUGACAAUAGUGCGUCCAAAGCAUUUCCACACGCUGUUCAACACUGAAGUGGCUUCUAGUGAAGAUUUGCCCCAAGAUAGAGUGGCAGAUCGUUUCCACCCAACGGCUCCAAUUUCAACGUUUGCAUUGGGAUUUGUGUUGUCCGACUUGGAGGAAGUUGUGCCCGAGCAAGCGCCAAGCGAGCAGGGAAUGAAGCCUAAUUUGAAAGUUUGGGCGAGGAAAGAUUUCCACGAUCAAAUAAAAGAUGUGAACAUUAAAAUCAACACUAUAUUGGAGCACCUUGUUCGGUUUUGGAAUGCCAGCUUCCCGUUGGACAAACUAGAUGUUGUCGCUCUGCCUAAUUUUUCUUCUGUAAAACCAGCAGAUAACUGGGGCUUAGUGGUUUUCAGAGAAAGUGACCUACUGAACGGAUACUAUGGAAUUACACAGGAGUUAGUGUACCAAUGGCUUGGAACGUGGAUCAGUCCGCACUGGUGGAGCGAUGCACAUGUCAACAAAGCUGUUGCAGGAUUUUUGGCCGCAUCUACAGCCAUCGAAAUCGACAAGGGCGUCGAAUUCGAGGGUAAAUGGCCAAUGACGAUACUUUACUCGAUCUACUAUGAAUUCAGCAAACGAUAUCCCCACUCUCGCAUAACGGCCAUCAAGCAGGAGACCACGUGCAGCAAGACCGAAUUAAUGCUUCGAAUGCUGAACCUCACGCUGGGAGCAGAUACGUUCCAAAAGGGACUGCAGAAGUUUAUAUUGCAUCGAGAAAAUAAAAGCUUUGUCAGUAAUGACAUAUGGGAAGCACUCACCAAGCAAGCUCAUUUGGAUAACAGACUUUGUGAAUCGGCUACGGUGAACGAAAUCGCAGAUUCGUGGAUUGCGAAAGACCGCAUUCCGAUGGUGACUGUCGUUAGAGACUACCAGAAGAAGACAGCAACCGUUACACAGCGGGUGUACCUACGUGAAAGACCCCACGAUGUUCCUGAACAGGAAAAGAUGCUUUGGUGGAUUCCAUUAGUUGUGGUCCAACAAAAUAAUCUUAAUUUUUCUAAUACCAGUGCUACUAAGUGGAUGAAGAAAGUUAAACAAGUGGUAUUGGAAGAUCUUCCUAAUUCAGACAACUUCAUUAUCGUGAACCCCGAAGAGGUUGGUCCAUUUCCGGUCAAUUAUGAUGAGCAAAACUGGAAUCUUUUGGCUCAGUAUCUAUUGACAGAAAGUGGUCGAGCAAAAAUUCCUAUUUAUACAAGGGCAAAACUAUUACACGAUGCUUGGAACUUGGCAUAUGCAGGACAUCUUAGUUUCGCAACGGCCUUCAAUAUGACUCUUUUCAUGCAGUAUGAGCGAAAUCACCUAGUCUGGAACCCGGUGUUCACACUGAUCGAUCAUAUUGGCAGACAUAUCGACAUGUCGGCGGUGCAUAAGAAAUUCGAAAUCUACGUCAGAACGCUUCUCACUCCACUGUAUGAAGAGCUCGUGCAAAAUGAACAAGAAGAUGAAGCCAAGUGGAAAACCAAUCUACGUUCCUUGGCGAAGACAUUUUUGUGUCGUGCUGGUUAUAAGCCGUGUAUUGAGGAAGCUCAGCAGGUGUUCAAAAAAUGGAUGGAUAGCCCUGAACCUGACCUCGGAAAUCCGGUGGCCAAUCAAUACAUCUGCCCUGUUUUCAAAUCCGGCACCCAAGAGGAAUGGGAAUUUGGAUUACAACGCGUGAUUAAUUUCCCAGAAUCACGAGUAAGAAGCGAACGCACCUAUUUGCUAAAAACCCUUGCUGGAUGCCCUGUACAGGCUUCUAAAAUCAACCGACUUUUGAAUAUUACUAUUUUGGAAGAUAACGGCAAUUUCACCGAUAAUGACAUAAACCUAAUCUUUAAAAUGCUCUCGGGAGGAUCCAGUGGCUACAUGGCACUAUUUGAAUUUUUGCAAAAGAAUUGGGAUGCUAUCAAGCUGAGAUUCAAAGACCGAGAGCUGUUGUGGAACAACAUGGUCAAUUCGGCAACUGGUCUGUUCACCACUCAGGAAGGCUACGACAUGGUAUCACAACUGUAUGUGCAACGACAGGGAGAGUUCGGAACGGCACAGCAUAUUAUCGAAAAAUCUUUGAAGAACAUCAAAGAGGAAACCAAGUGGAGCCAAGAGAAUCUUCCCGUCAUUGAAAAGUGGUUGGAUAUGUUUUUAAGUCAGAAUAAGAUCAGUGACGAUAGAUUCAUCAAAUGAACGUUUUUUCAUACUAGCUUAAAUAUGAAUAAGAAAAGAUUUCAUUAGGAAGCAUAAUAAUGAAAUAAAUCAUGAUUUAUGUACAUAUUUUCA